GCUCCGAUUUGUUGGUUCUUACGAUUUCCUUGUCUCCACAAUAUCUCCACUUUUCUCUCCUUUUGAUCUUCAGUUCCACAUUUUCUGCUUCUGAUCACUAUUGUUUGCUGUUGCGAAGCCAUUAGUGGAGCUGAAGGUUCAGAGAGGAUGAGGGAAGAGAGGAGAGGUUUAGUUUAGUAUCUCCUAUUGUUUCAAUCAAGUUACUCAAAUGAUGAAUCGUCUUCUAAAUGCUUUCUCUGUGCUCGAACUGGAUGUUGAAGAUGAUAAAGCGGAGACGAGUUCUGAUGCUGUUGUUAAAGAUGGAGGAAGUUCAACUAAAGCAGAUAAGGGUAAAAACAGUGACAAAUGCUCUGGAAAAGUGAAUGUGGAGAAAGACAACAAAGAGGAUAAGCGGAGUUCAACGACAGCUUCGGGAGAAUACAAGUUACCACUUGUGUGGAUUGACUUAGAAAUGACUGGUUUGAAUAUUGAAGUGGACAGGAUAUUGGAGAUUGCUUGCAUUAUUACUGAUGGAAGUUUGACCAAAUCAGUGGAGGGUCCCGAUUUGGUUAUUCAUCAACCAAAGGAAAACCUUGAUAAUAUGGGAGAGUGGUGUCAAAAUCAUCAUGCAUCUAGUGGUUUGACAAAGAAAGUGCUUCAAAGUACAGUCAAUGAACGGGAAGCUGAAAAGCAGGUUAUUGAAUUUGUAAAGAAACAUGUUGGCACAUUAACACCUCUUCUAGCAGGAAAUUCAGUUUAUGUUGAUUUUCAAUUUUUAAAGAAAUAUAUGCCAGAUUUGGCCAGUCUUUUCUCUCACGUACUUGUUGACGUUAGCAGUGUUAAGGCUCUAUGCAUCCGCUGGUUCCCUAGAGAUAACAAAAGAGCUCCUUCGAAGGAUAACAAGCAUAGAGCCAUGGAUGACAUCAAAGAGAGCAUCAGAGAGCUAAAAUACUACAAGGAUACCAUAUUCAAACCAUCCAAGUCCAAGAAGUGAGAACAAAACAUUGGAAAGCUGUAAGGAUGUAAAGCAGUAAGGAGAACAAGGCAUUGUACAACAUUGCUUGCUUUGAUAGUGGAGAUUAAAUUUUCCAAAUAUUGCCGAAGUUGGUGUGCCCAUCCUCUAUAUCUGGUACAUGCUAUAACAAUCAAUUUCCUGUUUUCCUUAUAUUUCUGACAUAGACGAGUGCUCUCUCACCUUGUUGGGAAAAAGGAUUGCUGAGUUGAUUGAUCCUGUAACUGCAAAUUCAAGACAUUUUUUUAUUAAAACCAUACAAUGGUGGGCUGUCAA